UUUCUAUCGAAUCUCAUUUAGUUUCAUCUUAAUCUCGAUUUAUACUCGAUGCUAUCAUGAACAUAUUUUAUACAGUUUCGUGUACUUCGAUUAACAGAUUAGACAAUAAAAUCGUUGUAAUUACUGGUGGAAAUACUGGAAUAGGGAAAGCAACUGUUAAAAAUUUCUUUAUUAGAGGUGCUCGUGUGAUAUUGGCGUGUAGAGACUUAGCAAAAGCUGCUGAUGCUAUAGAUGAUAUAAAAAAACAAUGUGAAGAUAAAGAAAAUUUGGGUCAAUUGGAGGCUGUGCAUCUGGAUCUUCAGAGCUUAACAUCAGUUAAAGCUUGUGCUAAACAAUUAUUACAAUCCGAAGAAAAAAUUAAUAUUCUGGUGAAUAAUGCAGGUAUAAUGAUGAGCCCGUAUAUGUUGACCGAAGAUGGGUAUGAAUUGCAGUUUGCAACCAACUACCUAGGACAUUUUCUCUUCACAUUAUCAUUGAUGCCUAAAUUGAUACGAAGUACACCUGCAAGAAUUGUUAAUGUUUCGUCAGAGGCCCAUAAAUUUAUUUCAUCCAUUGAUUUUGAUGAUCUUAAUUGGUCUAAGAAGAAAUAUAGCCCGCUGUAUGCCUAUAGCCAAAGUAAAUUGGCCAACGUAUUGUUUACCAAAGAACUGGAUUCUAAACUGAAACAGAAUAAAAUAAACGAUGUUAAUGUAUACAGUGUCCAUCCUGGUUGUGUGAAAACAGAUCUCGGUAGACACGUCGCCAAACAAUUUUAUAUUCCAGGAUUACUUUGGCUUGUAGAAACUGCGACGUCUUAUAUAUUCAAAACUCCUGAACAAGGAGCUCAAACUCAAAUAUAUUGCUCUGUCGAUGAAAAGUGUGCAAACGAAUCUGGUUUAUAUUAUUCCGAUUGUAAAAUAAUCAAAUCGUCUGCUGCUGCCCAAAACGAAGAAAUGGCUAAAAAAUUAUGGAAUAUUAGUUUGAAGAUGGUGGGACUGGAAGAAAAUUAUAAUCCAUUUAAAUGA